AUGGUUGAUGACAAACCUGUCAUGGAACAAGUUCAUGUCUACGAAAAUAUGUGUGCUGAUUUCUUAAAUGAAGACAUGAAGAUUUGCGAAGUUUUUCAAGCGAAUGUAUUGCUGGAAAAAUUUCCCCUUUCCCGGAGGGAGCUCUAUAACAAUCCGAAACAUAGGAAAGAGUUUUUGUCUCUUCACGAACUAAUUAGUCAUAUGAGGAUUGAAGAGGCAAACCGCAUCAAGGAUAAUCAUGACUCUGUUCUUGUUAAUGUUACCAAAGCUAACCUGGUGGAAACUACUGCUGCUUCAUCAGGAUCUGAUAAGUUUAAGUGUAAAGGUAAGAAGGUCAACAAUAAAGGGUCUGUCCAAAAGGAAACACCUCAGGCUAACCUUGUUGAAUCUGAUGAUAUUGUUGAUGUUGUGGUCGCUGAAGCGAAUCCCAUCGAGAAUAAUUCUGAUUGGAUUUUGGACACCGGGACUUUAAGGCAUUUUUGUUCAAACAAGGACCUUCUCCAUGACUUUCAAGAUGCUACAGAAGGUGAGUGUGUCUACAUGGACAAUGCGGCAACUGCUGGAGUGCUUGGACAAGGAAAGGUCACUCUAAAAUUUACCUCUGGAAAAACCCUCUCCCUUUAA